AGUCAAUCAAAAAGUAAAAGUCUUCCCUGAGUAUUACUCCAAAUAGGUUAAGUGGAAAGAGUAACUGAAAUAGGAAAACAGACCUGUGAGUUAUCUUCAUUUGAUUUUUUUUUUUUUUGCUUGAGCCAGUUUUACUGUCUGUUGCAGGCUUUAGUCACCAAAUUUAUCAGCAGUUCUUGCUGGGAGAAAACUUCGCUUAGAUAAAAUGGAAUUAAUAUUUUAUAUGGCUGAAGUGAAGCAAUAACAACAAACAUACUGGACAGGAGGAGAAUAUAACAUCUACAGCUAAGUUUGUGGGCCUGACGAGCUUCCGAAGUUUUUGCUUAGGAAGUUUUUUCUAGGAUAAAAGUGAAAAAGUUGAAAAAGCGCUCUAAGAGUUAAUAAUAUGCCUUCCAGCUAAAAUACGUCCUAAAGAUCUCCAGCACCAAUUGCUCUUAUAAGCUCAACUCUUACUAGAUUCAUAGCAAAACAGUCAUUACAAUUGCAAAUUAGAAAAGAGAUGAAGACAAGUUCAUAUCUGCCUUGGAGCUGGCUGUGGUCUUAACAGGACUGCUGAAAUUUAUGAUGGUGUCUAAAACUUUAUUGUUGGUACGUGAUUCUGUAGUUUGCCGCCCUUUUAAGGGUAAACUCUUAAUUCCUUCAUGGGAAUUCGAUCACAUAUUUCGAGGCUUUGAGGAGUGGAGUUGCUAAAGCAUAAUAAUACGACAUAACCUAGCUUCUUAAAAAAGGAGCCAAGGAGUCAACAACGUCGUAAUUUCUACUCCGCCUGCGCCCCGCCUACUCGCUCAGACACGCUUGUUUCUCCCGCCAAAGUGGCGACAGGAUCAGGUUCUCACCAACCAGAGCCCUGAUUGGAGGACGAGAAGACACUAAAGCCCAUUGGGCGCCAGCGGCGGUAGGGCGGCGGAAGGGCGGGGGAAGCCGAAGGCCUUUCUGCCUUGCCAGCCCCCACCUCCAUCAAAGCACGCCCCUCCCCCAGCUACUGGGAUGGUCGCCCAGCUUCUGCCCUGCGCCCCCUGACCCCAAGGCGCGAGGUGCGACUUCACUGCUUAUCCCCGGAGCAGAGGGCAACGCAGUUAUUCCCCUACCCUCCUGAUCCAUGCAGGAGAAGACCCACGCCCUGCAGCACCCGGUAAUGCAAUCCCCGGAGGCGGGAGUGGCGGCGGCGGCAGCACCGGCGGCGGCGGCACCAGCAGUGCCCCAAUCUAGAAACAACCGGAGAGAGAAAGAAAAUGGCUCCGAGCAGGGACCGCCUGCUGCACUUUGGGUUCAAGGCGACAAUGUUUUCAAAUAGUGAUGAGGCUGUAAUCAAUAAAAAACUUCCCAAAGAACUCCUAUUACGGAUAUUUUCUUUUCUGGAUGUUGUAACCUUGUGUCGUUGUGCUCAGGUCUCCAGGGCCUGGAAUGUUCUGGCUCUGGAUGGCAGUAACUGGCAGCGAAUUGACCUGUUUGAUUUCCAGAGGGAUAUUGAGGGCCGGGUAGUGGAGAAUAUUUCAAAAAGAUGUGGGGGCUUUUUACGAAAGUUAAGUCUUCGUGGAUGUCUUGGAGUAGGAGACAAUGCAUUAAGGACCUUUGCACAAAACUGCAGGAACAUUGAAGUACUGAAUCUAAAUGGAUGUACAAAGACUACAGAUGCUACAUGUACGAGCCUUAGCAAGUUCUGUUCCAAACUCAGGCACCUUGACUUGGCUUCCUGUACAUCAAUAACAAACAUGUCUCUUAAAGCUCUGAGUGAGGGAUGUCCACUAUUGGAGCAGUUGAACAUUUCCUGGUGUGACCAAGUUACCAAGGAUGGCAUCCAAGCACUAGUGAGAGGCUGUGGGGGUCUCAAAGCCUUAUUCUUAAAAGGCUGCACACAGCUAGAAGAUGAAGCUCUCAAGUACAUAGGGGCACACUGUCCUGAACUGGUGACUUUGAACUUGCAGACUUGCUUACAAAUCACAGAUGAAGGUCUUAUUACUAUUUGCAGAGGGUGUCAUAAAUUACAGUCCCUCUGUGCCUCUGGCUGCUCCAACAUCACAGAUGCCAUCCUGAAUGCUCUAGGUCAGAACUGCCCACGGCUUAGAAUAUUAGAAGUGUCAAGGUGUUCUCAGUUAACAGAUGUAGGCUUUACCACUCUGGCCAGGAACUGCCAUGAGCUUGAAAAGAUGGACCUGGAAGAAUGUGUUCAGAUAACAGAUAGUACAUUAAUCCAACUUUCUAUACACUGUCCUCGACUUCAAGUAUUGAGUCUGUCUCACUGUGAGCUGAUCACAGAUGAUGGAAUUCGUCACCUGGGGAAUGGGGCCUGUGCCCAUGACCAGUUGGAGGUGAUUGAACUGGACAACUGCCCACUCAUCACAGAUGCAUCCCUGGAGCACUUGAAGAGCUGUCACAGCCUUGAGCGGAUAGAACUCUAUGACUGCCAGCAAAUCACACGGGCUGGAAUCAAGAGACUCAGGACCCAUUUACCCAAUAUUAAAGUCCACGCCUACUUCGCACCUGUCACUCCACCCCCAUCAGUAGGGGGCAGCAGACAGCGCUUCUGCAGAUGCUGCAUCAUCCUAUGACAAUGGAGGUGGUCAGCCUUGGUGAACUGAGUAUUUAAUGACACUUCUAGAGUUACCGUGGAGUCUCCAGUGGAAGCGACCCCAGUGUUCUGGGCAAGGGUUACAAAGUGAGGGCAGCGUCCAGAUUCCCAAAGCCACACAUAACAUGUGCAUACCCACCCUCACCCCAUUACUCUAGCUCUGUGACCAGGGGACUGAAGUCCUUGCCAGCUUUAUCAAGUGGAUUGGUAAAACUUAACCAUUCCUGUUGGACAUGCCCAGAAGAAGAUCACAGGCAAGGCAGAGGGAAUGGGGCAUUCCAGCAAACCCAGUGUUAACUGCUACUACGGUUUCUUCAUUUUGUUAGGGGUUUCUUUGGCGAUUUUGGAACAUGCAGUCCUCCAGGGGCAAGGAAAGCACAGAAAAACAAUAUAUUUUGUGUGUAGGGACCAGAAAGAAAAUUACUUUGCAUCCUAUGAAUGGUAGCCAUCCACUGUGAGAUGACUACAGAGCUUCUGUACUUCCUUGUUCCCAUGCCAACAUGCUGAGCAUGCCCACAAAGAAGGCUCGUCCAUUCCUCCUGUGUUUUAGUAUUUGGCCCAGAGGUUUCUUAAAUGGUUGCAGUGAAAUCACUCUGGCUCAAAUGCAAUUACUCACUCAAAUUGUCACUCUCUAUUUUGUGCACCUGUCCUGUGUUCACUGUUGCGCCUCCCGCAUUCCUGCUCCGUCUGCCACCUGUUCACAGUCUGCUCACUCACACUCAGUUGUUACUCUUUUGCUGCUGUUGUGCUUACAGUUUGCAUUUUGGAUGAUUAGUUGGGGGUAACCAAGCACUUAAAAAAGAGACAUUAUCAAUAAAUAUUUUUUUAAUUCUAAGUUCUACCAUUAGGGGACCCUGCCUGAAUCUUUACCAGUCUGAAGGAAAAAUACAACAGAAGCAAGAAAAGUUAUGAGAAGAAAUUAAGCAAAAACUAUUUUGAUGAAAACAAACUUUGCCUUUUGGUUUCUGUUAUAUCUUGUGAUAUAUGAUCAUAUGCAUGAUAUGCCCAAUAUUCUCCCUGCACAUUUUUCCUUCCAUCAAACUUCACUAACUUAAUGAAGAGAGAUAAAUGCAUUAUUAGUGAAGAAUGGAAUAGCAACUCCCAGAACUGAGCCUGAAAGCCCCCACCACCCAAAUUCAGACAUUCACUGAGAUCAGGUGUGACCAGCAGCAACUCUGAAUUGUUUCUGUGAGGUGGUUUUGCUUCAACAGGAGAGCUGCUGGAGAAGCUAUGCGGUCUAGCCAAACUGUUUCUCUUUUUUCCCCCAUUUCAGCCAAUCAGAGAUGCAAGAAUGAUCCUGUAACGCUGGCCAUUUGUAUGUCAGCACUGGUGGGAUCAUAUCUAAUAUUGGAGCCUCAGAGAGCCAGAGCCCUUUCAGUCCUGUCAGUCUUAUUUCUCUUGUGCUCCAGAAUUCCCAUGAAUGAAAUACAAGGGUAGAGAGGUAAAGGCAUUAGGGCAACAGAAAGAGAACACUGAGAGGGAAUGGGGGUCAGCCCAACCUGGUCACCAGAGCUAAGUGCCCAGGGUAUGGCGUGACCCAUGACUCAAAGUCAAGCAGUUUUCCUUCCCCAUGCCCUGCUCCCGCAACCACAAAAAAGACAAUCAUGGAGGAUGAGGGAAAUAAACUGAGUUUCUAAAGUAUAAGAAGUAGAUUUUUAAACCUUGCAUUAUUUUUAAUAGGAUGACCUUGCUUUCCUUUGGUGUUUUAGGACAUAAAUUGCUGUCCACCAUUAUCUUAGAUGAUCUUCUGAAUGAUCCAGGCUGUUAAAAGGCUUGUUUCAAUGCUGCAGGUUCUACCAGCCUUAUACAAGAAUAAAAUGUGAUUUAUUUCUCCACAAGCAAUCAAAUGAAAGGGUCUUAGUAUCUGUACUACCUACCAUUAUUUAGCAUGUUAAAUUUAUUUUAAAUCCUAUUUUAUUAUGCCUUUUUAAAAGUUCGAAUUAUUGUAUUUUUCAUUCCCCCUUCCCCUAUGCUAUUCUCAAAUUACCAUAUAAAAGACAUACUUUUAAAAUUGAAACUCUCCUGGCUAUACCCCACACAUACAAAUAUACACACAUGUGCACACAUUUCCAAAUGUGGCUGGUAAUAUUCCUAUCCCCAGGUCACUCAUUCAAACAAAACUAAAAAGAGAAAUAUUUAGGAGCCAUCUGCCCUAAUGCAUAAGCUUUCUUUUUUUCAUAAUGUCCAAACAAAUUGAUCAUAAAACCCUGAUUGAUUAGUGAGUAUAGAUUUGAAUUGCCCAAUAAUUAAGGCUGUUAAGGUACUUCUUUACUUAAAAAAAUACCCAAGUUUAAAAGACCCUAUUCACCACUACCUGAACAUCUUGAAAAUGCUGUUUCUCUAGUCAAAGAGUAUACAUACCCAUGUGCAGGUCCAUGUGGGCUUUCCCAGGCGACCCCUGCCUGUCAGGCCAAGAAUGGUUAAGUAAGAGAAAGUCCCUGGCGUGUGCAGCACUAGCUUGUAUGUGACCAUGCAGGAGCCUUGUUUCUUUAUCAAGAAAACUUCAGGCCUGUCAAGCUUGGAUGAAAAUACAGUUUUUAUGCCAAUCUGCAGCCUAUACCAGCUGAUGAAAUGUACCAGGACUUUGAGACCCCAGAACAUGGUAAGUUUUGGUCCGGUGGAAGUGGUCCUGCCGUCCAAACAUAAUGCUUCCUGUCUCAGCAUCAGGGACACUUGAAAAUUCAACAAGCCUUCAUGAGUGUAAGAAAACUCCUAGGAAAAGCUUACUUGUCUGGCUCGGAGCGCUUCCAACAGUAUGCCUUGUUUAAUGAGAAAAUAAGUAUUGAACAGACAGAAGAGAUUUGGGAUAAAUAAGAAGGUACCUUCAAAGCGAUUGCCAUACACUUGUAGUCCGGAGAAAUUAUUGCUAUGGCUCUAGAGAAAGUUAUUUAAACAUCUAGAUCACCUCUUUUUCAAGCAGUCUUUUCCCAACAUUUUCCAGCAUCAUUUGUGAUACAUCAGUGUCUUUAGUAUCUUUUACAGCCUCUUCAUCAUCCCCAUGAAGGUGAUUCUAGCAUUGGGGUUUUUUUUUUUUGCGUUGGCUUCUCCAUUUCCUUCCUACACUCAUUCUUGCCCUCUCUAUUUAAAGCCUUCACCUCACGCCCAUGAUGCUGCUGAUUUAUACUCAAAUGCCUCCUGUCUAGCUUCCUCUUAGGGUGGUUGUCCUGAUUUAGGCAAACUCUCCUGAGCAGCCUUGAAUUCAGUAACUGGGCACCAGGCCAUUUUUCCCUUAGUAUACUGUCUUUGGUGUUUGCGUGCUGAGUUUGAAAUGGAAGUGUUGAAUAUAAAGCGAGGAGUAGGGGGAUCUGGCUUCAUCCUUUAUUCCAUUAUUAGGAAUAUGAAAGCACAUUGUGCUUUAUGUAAAAAAUGUUUUCUCCUAUUAAAAUCUUUAGUGGAUGUAAAAGUACUCCUUUAAAUGGCUUUUGUAAAUUUCCAAACCUAUUACGUUGAUCUAGCAGACAUAUAAGUCACAAAUUUCAUAUAUUCCUUAUAUCACACAUUUAAGAGGAAAAGCUGAUAUUUUCUUGCUGCUUUAUUUUGGGCUUUCCAAACUCUUUGAACAGUUCAAUAUAGUAUAAAGCUACAGCAGUCAAGUUCUUUUAUUUCUUCUAAUUGCCUUGUAAAAUGCAUUGUUACUAAUACAAUAGGCUGCUGAUGCCCUGGGGGUCCUAAACCAAAUAUGUGAUGGAACCUAUCUUGGUUUGAGGUUGUUGGAAGUGUGAGAGAGUCACUGGAAGGAAGAGAAUUGUUUCUCGCCUGCCUGUUUGGGCAUCAUAUCCUUAGGUGAUUGUGUUGUUUGGAGAGAAGGAAUACUUGAGAUAGUAGUCGGCCCUUGGCCGUUUAAUGUUUUAUUAUUUAGACUGCUCAUGACAGCACCAGUAAGAGAGGAGCUUUAAAGGAAAUUGGUCUCUUCCGCCCUUUCCCUUCUGUGUGCAUGAUCUAAGGUUAAGUUUUCUCUCCUUAUUGUGCAUCCUGGCUGACAGACUCCUUCAGUGGUAUGCUCUGAGCCUCCGGAACAUUUUAUUAAAAGAUUUCCUUCUCUGUUAGCCCACCAUUUCUAGGAUCUUUAAACAUCUCAAACCCAGGCAAUGUGAAUUAGCUGAGUCUUGUUCAAGAAGAGAUUUUGGUUGUUCGGCAGGAUGUCUUGGGGCAGAAUCCCCCGCCCCCACUCCCACCCCUAUAGUGAUCUUGGACGGAAGAAUCAUAAAAGCGUACGGAAUUCAGCCCCUCCUCACGUUUAUUUCUAUCAUAAAUUUUAAUUGUAAUGGAUGAUACAGAGAGCUUGUAUAAGACCAUAUCAAUAGGGUAUAAUUAACCCAGAUAAUUUGGGAAUAAAAUGUGGCUGUCUUUGCUAUAUCCAGAUGCCCUAACCUAACAUCUUGAUUCUCCAGCGAAGAACCUGCCGCUCUAACCUUGCGCUCUCGCUUGGGACAAACUUACUGUCUGCCAGAAACUACCAUUUGAGGCAAGUGCAUGAAGUGCUUCUGCAGCUCUCGCUCUCAAGGCAAGUCUACCUAUUUUGUCCAUUUUUAUUCUUAGGAACAUCAUUUCUGCAUCUCUGAAGCUUUUGAUCCUUAGGGAAGUCAGUAAAAACCUCUCAGCUGCAUCUGAGUGAAUCUUUGGAGCCCAGGAGCGUUACACUUAAUUUUUAGCAGGAAGUUUUUGGACAAGCUUACAUGGGGGACGUUAAGAGAAACUCCAUAAUGUACUUCUUGCAUCUCUGCCUCAUGUGUUCUGAGUAAGCCUGGGACAAAUUUGAUACACACGUGUUGAUGCUAAGUGCUUCCUCAGCCAGGAUGGUUCACCUCCCUUUUAGGAAAUAUAAUCAUGAGCAACCAAAACUGUAUCAGUUGGACCUCUCUCUGUUUUUCAGUGUCUUGUUUUGAAGAAUUGGGGUGGGAAAAUAGUAAAUGAGAUUCAAAGUAAAGAAAAGAAUCAGUUCUGAAGUACUUUGCUUUGGGUACUUGCAUCUGUCCUGAAUAUGUAGAAACAGCUGUAUCACAUGUGAGUAGAUUUACUUUCCUCUCCAUCCAAUGAAUUCUAUGCCCCUCUUACUGGCAAGGAGGGCUUCUACUUUCACACACACAACCAGAGUCGUCAGAUGGGGAUCGGCACCAUGGAAAGAACCACCAGUGUAUCCCAGCGGCUUCUGACCACGGUUUUCUGCGGGGCGAGCGCAGGUAGGCAGUAAAUGAGAGAAUCCCCACCCAAAGAAGAGAUGGGAGAAGAGAAGUGUCCAGACACAUACCUUUUUUCCUCUGCCACACCCGAAGAACACAGGAGAAUCUUUGAAGUAAUGUCUUUUUUAUUAAAGUGGAAGAAGAAAACUGCCCCACUAAGUUUCGCUUGUCAUUGUUGUACUACGUACUGAUUCAAAUCUGACCCCCACUGCUGCUCACACACACGCAUGUGUUUCUUACCUUAGCCUAACCCUUCUCUGCUCCUGAAGUUAUUGUUCUGUUUGGUUUUUCUUUUCUUUUCCUUUUUUUAUGGCACUAGAGAAUGAGAAUGUAGUCUUAGAAAAUCCUAACUUGAAAAGGAGUUUCUAACUGGCAUGGUUUGGUUAAUUUACCUAUUUCGCUCUAAAGACUUGAACGAUUUUCUUUCCUAGUGCUAUAUAAUAGAUCUGUAUGUAAUAAGUGAAACCUUUGCUGCUACUUUUCUGGGUUUACAUUAGUUUUUUCCCACCCUGUAGAAUAGUUUCUCAUCUGUGCUUCUCUGACAACUGUUAAUUUCUAAUAAGUGCAGGAAGAGGUGAGCCUGAGAUUUCUUCUCCUUCACAUUACCCACAAAUUACACACUAACCUCUAACACACAAGACCAUGGGAUGGGGCUCAUCAGAAGUACUUGUGUUUUUUUCUUAUCAUGCUGCAGCUCUUGUAGCUACUCAGUCCAAAGGGUUACUGUAAAGAGAGAGAGGCCUUAAUUUUGCCUUUCUCCAUUUCUGUUUAAGACAACCUUCAGAUGCCUCCCACUCUGGCCGCCUCCUUUUUCCUCCCAGGAAUUGUUUCCCAGUAACCUGCCUGGGGCAUUUCCCAACUGCUGUCCUCACCUUUGCUCACUUUCCAGUGACCCUGAGAGCACAGACCUAAGACGGCCUGUGCAGAGCUCAGAGAACUGUGAGGGCCACCUCUGCCUGUCAGACUCUGUUUGGGGACAGAGAUGGACGGUAAUGGUGCUGUGGGAUAAAUUUUUAUCUUCAAACAAGGCUGUUUAAUCCCUGCACCACACCCACCCACCCUACUCCAUGCCCUGAGGGGGUAAAAUGCAGAGAAUGGUUGGUUGGCAGGGUCUGAUCGCAAACAUCACUCUCUGGCCCUAAACCUUCUCCAGCCAUCUGGCCUUCCCUGGAGUGCUUUGGCAUGCAGGAGCUGCUGCUUGUUUCUCCACCAGGCUUGUGCCUAUGCUUAGCCAGUCCCCGGGGCCAACACAGUUCCCUACGUGGUGACCUAACACCAGGUUCCAUUAGCUGUCCACAGGACUGUGUUUCCACCCAACACUUGGCGCUUGAGAAUGGUGGGGAGGGAGGGUUAUUUAAAAUAAAUAAAAUCCAAGGUGGCAGUAGAGGGUUUCUUUUGCUUUAAAAAUCUUUGGACAAAAAAAAAAUUUUUGUUUUUUAUAUAUAAAUAUAUAAAGUAAAUUGUUAUGUAACUAUUAUUGUUUCCUGUAUGUUCUAAUUUUGUUUUAUGAUGUAAUUAAAGGAAAUAAGCUGUGAA